AUCGUUCGAAUUUAGAGUAGUCUGUUUUAUUAAUAAUUUCAUUGGUCGUUGGGUCUUUUUUUAGUCGGCGGAUAUGUGUAUAUAAACAGUCUCUUGCAGUCGUUUCGUAUGGGUGUUGUAUGGAUAUUUUGCUUGUUUUCCUUUUCCGACUUUUCUCGUAGAUUUUCUCUUUUCUGCUCGAACAGAAUGUCGAUUUGUUUGGCUGUGUAUAUUUAGUAUUUGUUGAAUAGUAGACGCAAUAAGAUCGCUGUAAUCACGCGCGCUCAAUCACCGGCUUUUCGAAUUUGUUUUUUUUCUCGUGUCUGCAAAAAUGUGCGAAUGAAACGCUUUAAUAGUGUCUCAAUCAAACAGCUUUUUUUAUAAUCAAAUUUUUUAUUUAAAUGUUGUGCUUUACUACAAAUACAGAAUAGUAUAUAGUUUAAUUGGUGUAAAUAAACUCAUAAAUAUAAUGUUUUUAUUAUAAUCAUCGUUGUGAAAUGUUAUAAUUUAUCAAUGAAAAAGAGUGGCUCUUAUGAUAGAUAUUCAAAUAAAUAAAAGACAAUGUCCACCGAAUUUAGAACCACACAAAACAAAUUUCUUUGUUUAACAAUAUCUAUUUGAGACAAAUAACUAAAAAAAACAUCGAAUAUUUGUACAUUUUUCGACGUCAUACAACAGUUGUGUUUCAGCAGGCGGUUUGUAGAUAGAGAAUGGCUCAGAAUGACGGUGAAGAUUGGAGCUCAGAAACCUUACAACAAACACGAUAUAUCAUUCAACGUAUAAUUGUUCCAUGCGUCGUUACAAUCGGUAUAGCUGGCAAUUUACUAACAGUCAUCGUUUUAACCAGGAGACGCAUGAGAUGCUCUACAAAUAUUUAUUUAACUGCACUCGCACUUGCUGAUAUAGUAAAUUUAUUUUGUGCAUUCGUUUUAUCAUUACAACACUAUCCUGGUUAUAGGUACGGUCAUGUUUUGUAUUGGAGUGCAUUUGCUCUUUCAAAUUGGUUUCAUGAUGCAUCACUGUAUAUAUCAAUUUAUUUAACGGUAAGCUUCACAUUGGAGCGUUACAUAUCCGUGUGUCAUCCGUUACGCGGUCAAGUUUUAUGCACAGAAUCACGAGCUAAAAAAGUGAUAACGGUUGUUGUUGUAUUGUGUUUCCUUUGCACCAUAACUACAAAUUUUGAGUACGAAUUGAAUUGUACAAAAGUUGGAUAUGACUAUUCAAAAGGCGAACGCUGCAUAUCAAACUCGUCAAUCAACAGUAUACAAUGUGAUGUGGAUGUUUUUGAUGAAAUAUGUAAAAUGGCACGAUUUGAUGAAUCAACCGGUAAACCAUGUCAAAUAUCAAAUCAAACGAAGCUCGAUGGAUGUCAAGAGCUUCAUUCGUAUAGCGUGAAACAAUCGAAUUUUAGUCAAUCGCCAGGCUAUUCAAAUUUUUUCUACUAUCCUAGCAUCUUGUUUGGGACGUUACUUCCCUUUGUGUUAUUGAGCAUAUUAAAUGCAUUUCUUAUUUGGACCGUAAGAAAAUCGCAUAAGAUGCGACACGCAAUGACAAAUACUAGACAGGAUAUGUCACAGGAGAAUAAAGUGACCAUCACCUUGAUCGCAGUAGUAAUACUGUUCUUUAUGUGUCAAACCCCAAAUGCCCUGCAAUUAUUGAAUAUUAUACGAUUGAAGUAUCAUACAAAUCGAAAUUUAGUAUUAAAUAAUGUGUUUAACUUGUUGGUAACCGUCAAUGCUGCAUCGAAUUUUAUUUUAUAUUGUGUUUUAUCGGAUAAAUAUCGAAAAACCGUUAAGUCUUUAUUUUGUGGUGUACGUUCUGUUCGGCGAAAUACAAUCUCUUCAUCGAGAUUUACUAGUGCACGAACAACAUCAAGUUUUUAUAGUCGAUCACGGAACGGUAACAUUUUCAAUAUGCAACGCGGACCUCGGUUCUCAAUUUCUAAAGAGGAGUAUGCUAAUUUACAAGCGGAAACAGCGAAACGAAAUCGUUUUUCAAUAGCAACUCUCACAUCACAGAGUCGAAACAAUAGCAUCGCAACGGAGAAUGAAAAUGCGGAAGAAAUUCAAUUGAAGACAACACCUGCAUGUCCACCAAAACAUGAAAAACGUCGCAUCAAAUUUUCAUUUACACCAUCACAUCUCAGUUUGAAGCACAGAUCGAAAAAUGAACAACCGGCGGCAGUGAUAAAAAUUGACGAAGCAAGCGAAGAAAAACCAAGUUCCGCAGAACAAUCAAAAAUUAUAAUUGAACCUGAGCAAAACGCAGCAGCUGAUUUGAAUGCACCAGUUGCCAAACGUGAUUCCACCAUUUCAACGCAUUCGUUUUUGCGACCUAGUCCAAGCGAAACCAGUCUGACGCGAAGUAGAUCACUUCAAUUUCCACCCAAACCGAAACAUUCGCCUGAUUGUAAAGAUAAUCCAUAUAAACUAUAAUUGAAAUAAGUUAGACAUAAUCGGAAUUGUUAUUAUUGAUAUUAAUAAUGUACAUAUAUGAAUCGUAUCAUUUGUUGAACACUGCACAUGUUGUUUGUUGAACACAUUUGUUUUCUGCGGAUAACAACGUGCAUUAUAUUCAGGAACAUUUGAUUCUUACAAA